AUGCUGUCGUUGACCUCGCUUGCGUGGUCGCUGGUUUUUUUGACGCUAGUAAUUUUUCUAUACUGGCAGCGGCAUCGUCUAUGGGGUCUCUUGCCCGAAUGCGCAAGAGCGCGCCUGCUAUCGUGGCGGCGCCAAUACGUCCCCUUGGAAGUGUUUGAUUGGCACUCGGCUACACGUGCGGGCUUGUCUAGUACCCUCUUUGAUAUAGAGGCCAACAUACGUGACGGAGAUGCGCGUGCAGGACUGGACGAGGCAGGUAUGCAGCAGCUGCAUCACAUCAUGCAGCAACAGGGCAUCUCCUUUGAUGAGGCGCGCCUCCAGCGACACCGCCAGCUACUACAGCAAAACCGCAUUGACCCCCAAACAGGCAUACCAUUGGAUGCUAAGGCUGUCACACGUUUGUAG